CGCCGACUAGCUGAGCGUGUAGUUCGCUAGAGUGUAUCCUCUGUGCAGGCGUGCUGCUCAACCGACGCUGUGACGUCAUACGCGGUGCAGCGGAGACCACGUACGGGACGCCGGUGCGGCGGAUCUGCGGCUGGGAGGUGGAGCCGCUGUAUGGAGCAGUAAUCUGCGGGGAAGAUGUUGGUUGAUUCUGCUGUGCCAGAAAGGGGCAAACCUAUUGUGAGAAACGGGGAGCUUGAAGUAUAGCAGCAGACAUGGAUGAGCAAGCCCUGCUUGGACUGAACCCAAAUGCCAAUGCUGACUUCAGAGAGCGAGCAUUGGCCUAUUUUGAGCAGUUGAAAGUAUCACAAAAUGCAUGGCAGGUCUGUGCUGAAGCUUUAGCCCAGCGUAUAUAUAGUGAUGAUCAUGUGAAGUUCUUCUGCUUUCAAGUUCUGGAACACCAAAUCAGAUUCAAGUACGCUGAGUUGACGGCACUCCAGCAACAACUAAUAAGGGAAACGCUAAUCACAUGGCUUCAAGCUCAGAUGCUUAAUUCACAACCGGAGAAAACCUUUAUCCGUAACAAAGCUGCACAAGUUUUUUCUCUAGUGUUUGUUACAGAGUAUCUCACAACAUGGCCCAAAUUUUUCUUUGAUAUUUUGUCUGUUGUGGGUCUCAACCCACGAGGUGUUGACUUGUACCUGAGAAUUCUAAUGGCCAUCGACACAGAGGUAGUUGAUCGGGAUGUUAUUCAUACCCCAGAGGAGGCACGCAGGAAUACAUUACUGAAGGACACAAUGCGUGAACAGUGUAUCCCAAACUUGGUAGAAUCAUGGUACCAAAUUUUACAGACGUAUCAGCACACUAACUCUGAACUGACAUGCCAGUGCCUUGAAGUAAUUGGAGCCUAUGUUUCUUGGAUAGAUCUAACAUUGAUUGCUAAUGAUAGAUUCAUUAAUAUGCUGCUAGGUCACAUGUCGGUGGAGGUUCUGCGGGAGGAAGCCUGUGAUUGCUUGUAUGAAAUAGUAAAUAAGGGAAUGGAUCCAGCUGAUAAAACCAAAUUGGUGGAAUCUUUGUGUCAAGUGUUACAGUCUGCUGGGUUCUUCAGCAUUAAUCAGGAGGAAGAUGUGGAUUUUCUGGCCAGAUUCUCAAAGCUCGUUAAUGGAAUGGGCCAAUCUCUGAUUGUUAGCUGGACCAAGCUGGUGAAAUCUGGAGAUAUGAAGAGCGCCCAAGAUACUCUGCAGUCCAUUGAAUCCAAAGUGCCUCUGACGUUGCAGUUGCUAAUCCAUGAAGAUGACGAUAUAUCAUCCAAUAUUAUUGGAUUCUGUUACGAGUAUUUGCACAUCUUGAAACAGUUAGUAUUACUUUCAGACCAGCAAAAGGCUAAUGUUGAGGCUAUAAUGCUGGCGGUUAUGAAGAAACUAACUUAUGAUGACGAGUAUAACUUUGAAAAUGAGGGUGAAGAUGAAGCAAUGUUUGUGGAAUACAGAAAGCAGCUGAAACUGUUACUAGAUCGUCUUGCUCAAGUAUCACCAGAGUUAUUGUUGGCUUCUGUCCGAAGAGUUUUUAAUAGUACACUACAAAAUUGUCAGAACGCUCCUUUUAUGGAGGUAGAAGUUGCAAUCAGACUGCUGUACAUGUUGGGUGAAGCUAUUCCAGCAUCCCAUGGAGCUCAUUUUUGUGGUGAUGUUGCCAAAGCAAGUGCUCUACAGGAUAUGAUGAGAACGCUGGUGACCUCUGGUGUGAGUGCCUAUAAUCACACAUCUGUUACAUUAGAAUUUUUUGAAACUGUUGUACGGUAUGAAAAGUUCUUCACGGUUGAACCCAUCCACAUUCCUAAUGUUCUGAUGGCAUUUUUGGAUCACCGAGGCCUGCGCCAUUCUAGUCCUAAAGUUCGGAGCAGGACAGCUUACCUUUUUUCAAGAUUUGUGAAGUCUCUUCAUAAACACAUGAAUGCCUUUGUGGAAGAUAUAUUGAGUAGGAUUCAAGAUCUCCUCGAGCUCUCUCCUCCGGAGAAUGGUUUCCAGAUGUUGCUGAGCAGUGAUGAUCAGCUCUUCAUAUAUGAGACUGCAGGUGUGCUCAUAGUAAAUAGUGAGUAUCCUGCUGAGCGCAAAAGUAUUCUCAUGAGGAAUCUUCUUAAUCCUUUAAUGGAAAAGUUCAAGAUUCUUCUGGAAAAACUAGUAGUAGAGCAAGAUGAGGAGAGACAGACUGUUCUAGCAGACUGCCUUAAUCAUGCUGUAGGAUUUGCCAGCCGUACAAGUAAGGCUUUCAGCAAUAAGCAGACAGUAAAGCAGUGUGGCUGCUCUGAAGUCUAUUUAGACUGUUUACAAAGUUUUCUGCCUGCUCUGAGUUGUCCUGUUCAGAAGGAGGUCCUCAGAGGAGGUGUUCGCACCUUUCUGCACCGUAUGAUCAUCUGCUUGGAGGAAGAAGUGCUUCCUUUUAUCCCCACUGCUUCGGAGCAUAUGCUUAAAGACUGUGAAGCAAAGGACCUGCAAGAAUUCAUUCCCUUAAUUAACCAAAUUACUGCUAAGUUCAAGGCACAAGUGUCACCUUUUCUUCAACAAGUCUUUAUGCCACUACUUCAUGCCAUAUUUGAGAUGCUCGUCCGCCCAUCUGAGGAGAACGACCAGUCUGCUGCACUUGAUAAGCAAAUGUUGCGUCGGAGCUAUUUUGCCUUUCUGCAAACAGUCACUGGAAGUGGGAUGAGUGAAGUUAUAGCCAAUCAAGGUGCUCAGAACGUGGAACGUGUUUUAUUCACGAUCAUUCAAGGGGCUGUAGAAUACCCAGAUCCUAUUGCUCAGAAAACCUGUUUCAUCAUCCUUUCCAAGCUGGUUGAACUUUGGGGCGGCAAAGAUGGACUGGUUGGCUUUGCCGAUUUUGUCUACAAACACAUUGUCCCCGCUUGCUUCCUUGCCCCAAUGAAACCUACAUUUGACCUUGCAGAUGCACAGACCAUUUUGGCUUUGUCGGAAUGCGCGGUUACGAUGAAAACCAUAUAUCUGAAAAGGGGGCCGGAGUGCAUUCAAUAUCUGCAGCAAGAAUAUCUGCCUUCUUUGCAGGUAGCGCCAGAAAUUAUCCAGGAAUUUUGUCAAGCACUUCAACAACCCGAUGUUAAAGUAUUUAAGAAUUAUCUAAAGGUUUUUUUUCAAAGAGCAAAGCCCUGAGGAAUAGACUGGAAUUGUCUUGCACCUGAUGCCAUACUCAGGAACUCCAGUUAUUAAUUUAUGUAGAUUGCUAAUUUUGUACAUGCCUAUAAACUGGUGUUCUAUACAGAAGCUUCUUCUGACCAUAUAAAAUGAAUUUAUGGUUUUAGGAGCUAUAGACACAUCUUAUCCGUGUGGCCAUCCAUGAUACACAUGUGGUGGGGACUUCAACGAAGAGCAUAAAAUCAAUUUUUUUACCAUGCUUCAUGCUUACUGUAAUUGAAAUAAGAUUGUGUUAACACUUGCUUUUUUCCUGUAACUGAUCUAAACUAAUUUAAUGGAACCUCAUGUCAACUUGUCUUUUUAUCACUUUUCUAUACAAUGCAUCAGUGUAAAAGGACCACAUACGGAUGGCAGCCACAUGCACUGCCAUUUUCACUGACCCAUUGAAUAGAAUGGCCCGGUGCAUUUCCUGCUGACCAUACACUUGUGUCUGAAUACACGUAUACCAUUCACUGGAUCUGUUUGUCUGUAAAGAACACUGAUCGUGCACAGAAGUGAAUCACUGAAGUGUAAAUAAUAAAAAAAAAAUAAAAAAAAUUGUUAUGCAGCCGUAAAAUACAUAAAACUGAUGCAUUUCGGCAUGUAUUUAAAGGGUUAUCCCAUGAGUAAUGUA